AUAAGUAUAACUGUAAACAACAGUGUUGGAAGUUAGAAGAUAGAGCUUGAGCUUUCAAGUCUUGAAGAGAAGUGAAGUGAAGUGAUGAUUUUGUAUGGUGCGUGUUCGUAUAAUCUUGUUCCAACACGUGUCACUCUAACAGAGAACAUGAUACCAAGUUUUGCACAAAUGGUGUCUUCUUCUUCUUCUUCUCUGCUAGUUCCACUAUCCAAAUUCAGCUGCUUCUGUUGUUCUUCCGCCGAAACUUCAACCAUUUCCCUUCCAAAGUGGGAACCUUUUCUCAAGAAAAAGGUUGUCAUGAGAGUCGGUUAUGUUGGCACUGACUAUAGAGGUUUGCAAAUGCAACGAGAUCAGCAUGACUUAUCAAUCUGGCCUCUAUGAAUGAGUUUCUUGCUAAGAAAAUUCGAACACGAUGUAGCGAUCGAGAAAGAACUCGAAACUGCUAUCUUCAAGGCCGGUGGCAUCCAAGAUAGUAAUUUCGGAGACUUGGACAAAGUUAAAUGGAGCCGAAGUAGCAGAACUGAUAAAGGAGUUCAUUCUUUAGCAACAAUGAUAUCCUUUAAGAUGGAAAUUCCGGAUAGUGCAUGGAAAGAAGACAAUGAUGGAAUCUCCCUUGCGAACUGCAUUAACUCUUACCUUCCUCCUACAAUCCGAGUUUUCAGCAUAUUGCCUUCUAAAAAGAGAUUUGACCCCAGAAGAGAGUGCAAUCUGCGGAAAUAUUCUUACCUCCUCCCUGCUGAUAUUAUAGGGAUCCAGAGCCAUUUCAGUCAGGAUGAAAUUGAUUCCCAUAUUUCGGAGUUCAAUAGUAUACUUAAUGUUUUUGAGGGAGAACAUCCUUUCCAUAAUUAUACUGUACGGUCUAAGUACAGGAAAACUUACCAUAAAAGGCGAGCCGAUGGAAAAGGCAGCGCGUCGAACAGAACAAGAUUGUCUAGUUUGGAAUCUGAGAGUGAGGAAAGUGAUGUUGAUGAUAUUCUGAGUGGUAACACAACUAGUUUAAGCGACAAGGAACAGAGACACAAGUCUUCGGAGUCUACUGAAUCUAGCGGUUCGAGUGAUCAACACUCACUCAUAGGCGUUCAUGCACGAUGGUUAUAUGAACCUGACGAGACAGAUAGAUUAAGCGGUUCUCAUUUCAGAAAGAUUUUCCGUUGCUCUUGUGGGAAGUUGGAAACAUCACUUGGAUAUAAUUACGUAGAGCUCGAUAUAUGGGGGGAGUCCUUCAUGCUUCAUCAAAUACGCAAAAUGGUUGGGACUGCUGUGGCAGUUAAGCGCAAUUUAAUCCCAAGAGACAUCCUUUCUUUGUCACUCGUCAAGUUUUCGCGAAUCGUCCUCCCCCUUGCCCCGCCAGAAGUUUUGAUCUUGAAGGGAAAUGCUUUCAGCAUGAGAGCAAGUGCCGGGAGUUUAACAAGGCCUGAGAUGGUGUCUAUCGUCGAAUCAGAACAAAUUCUGAAAGCAGUGGACGAGUUCUACGUGUCUGUUAUGUUGCCUCAAGUUUCCAAGUUCCUAGAUUCGUCAAAGCCUCCAUGGAAGCUUUGGGUUGAGAAAUUGGACAAGUAUACAAGCAUUCCAGAAGCUCAAUUGGAUGAAGUUAGAAAGGCUUGGAGAACUUGGAAAGAAAACUUUAGAAUAAAACUAGCAUCAGAUUCGGAUCCGGAUCAAUAGGACAUAUAUUCAACUUCGGUAUGAUUUUAAUCUUGACAUUCAUACCACGAUUUAUCCGACAUUUGUUACCUACUUCGCUGGUUUUCUAGUGGUUCCUUGAUCGUGGCAUCAUUGGAUGUUCAUGUCA